AAUUAGACGCACAUUGCCUUCAAACUGCCAAACCAACACAGAUCCCACUCGCAGAGCACUUUCUUGACCUCUGGCCCCCAGAUGCCAUUUUCCCAACUGUACCUUUGAGUUCCUCUUUCAGAAGUAAUCUAGAGAGGGAGGGUUGUGCUCUCUCUCUCUCUCUCUCUCUCUCUCACACACACACACACACACACACACAGUCCCCAGUGCCAGAGGCUGAAAAGUAUCAAGGUUUCCAGGUAAGCACAGGGUGGCAGCCCAUCCCCAUUGUCUCACUGGGUUGUAUGUAGUUUGUUUUUGUUUUUUGUUUUUUUUACAUUGUUUUGUAUGUGUUUAUACCAUGCUAUGCAUGUGGAGGUCAGAGGACAGCUUCUAGGAGCCUGUAUUCUUUCCGCCUUGUGGAAUUGCCUGACAUUGAACUCAAAGACAUUAAAUUAGACUAGGUAGCAGGAGCCAUUGCCUGCCAGACCGUCUCACGGCUCCUGCAUAGUGUUUUGUCACAAGGUUUCAGUGUAGUCGGCAGUGGGCUAUGAACUCAUCAUACAGACCAGCAAACUUUGUGAGACUCCGGCCUCAGCCUCCCAAGUACUAGAGUAUCCUAGAUGUGGGGCACCAAGCCAGGCCUCACAGAUUCAUUCUCACUUUUCUAAUCCGUGUAUCUAUUUGGUGGUGGAGGACACACAUGGGGCACAUAUACGGAAGUCAGAAGACAACCGAGCUUGGUGGCAAGUGUCUUUACCCACCAAGCCAGCCCACAUGCUGUGUAUACUCAUUUCAAAGAGAAGAACGCUGAGGCUCCAAAGGAGGGAAUCAUUCCCUACCUCCUCAUCACCACCAGCCCUGCACCCAUGUUCUGUGCUUGCUACACAUUCACCCAGCUAGCAGCGUUUCCCGCCCUGGAGGUGGAGCUCAGAGUACUCGCUAGGGCUUAACGCCUUGGAGAGCCUUUCUCUGAAGCCGUCUCACUUUAGGCUCUCGAAAUCAAGACCCCUGUGGUACACUAUGGACCACACACCCGUCUUCAUCCUUGGGGGCUUUGAUAAUGAAAAGGCCAUCUUGCUCUCUGACAGUAAUUUCCAUGACUUUGUUCUCUUGGAGCUGAGUAUUGAUAGUUGCUGGGUCGGCUCCUAUUACUGUCCCAUUCUUGGCUUCUCAGCCACUAUCCAUGACGCCAUUGCCACCGAGAGCACGCUCUUCAUUCGACAGAACCAGCUCGUCUACUAUUUCACAGGCACCUACACUACGCUCUUCGACAAGAGCCGCGGCAGCAGAGGCUGGGUUCGUGUCCUGUCUAGCGAGUGCAUCAAGAAACUGUGCCCGGUGUUUGUCGGUGGCAAUGGUUCUGAAUAUAUCCUAGCCCUCACCACUGGCAAGAACGAGGGUUAUAUUCACAUCGGGACCAUCACAGAUGGCCUCGUGUCCUUCCAAAUGGUGCCGGAUGGCUGGUCAAUAUGUGAAAAGUUACCAGGUUUGAACUGCACCAUUGAGUGGGCUGUAUACAUUGCCGAUGAGAGGAACCUGCUGCUGUUAGUAAAAACUGACUCUGUGCAGUUUUACCUAGUCAACUUCAAUUUAGAGCUCAAGACUCUGCACAUUCUCUACAAAAUACCAGAGUUUAUCCCUGAAGCUCAGAACCUGGACUUCUUGGUGCUCCUUGGUACAGAGACUUACACCGACACUCCUAUGAUUCCCCAGGGCUUGUACUUCAACACACUGAACAACGUGCUGUACAUUUGGGGCAAUUUCAUCCUGCAAAGUUACAAUAGGGAACACUUCAUUUUUCUGGCGGACUUCCCCAAGGAGUCCACCAUCAAAUACAUGCUCAACUCUUACAAGGGACAUAUAACUUUUGUCACAGAAGAUGAAGAGAUCUGGUACUUUCUGGAAGGUGGCUAUGACGUAUACAGGAUAGUCCCAUCCCAAGGCUGGAACACCUACUUUAACCUGCAGAAGCUGGAAAAGUCGCCCCUCUAUUCAAAUGAUGAGACCUUGGUCUCCCUCUUCUACGAGAAGAAUCAUCUCUAUGAGCUGGUGUAUCUUUUUGACAACGGAAAAGAGCGUUUGGUCAGGAGGUUCUUGCCUGUGGGGAAGUUGAUGGAGUAUGACCUGCCCAAACCCUUCAAAAUAGGGAGCCAACGGGAGAACAAGAUAAUCUCCUUCGAAUACAUCUGCCCCUUCAAGGAAAUUCAUCUACUUGAUGUACCCCAAAAACAGCAUGUGGAACGCAAGGAGAGCUACCUUGCCCUACCGCCUCUGGUCUCUGAAUCCUCGGGCUUCCACAACAAUUACACGCUUGCCGUCUAUCAAGGCCUUGUCUAUUACCUGCUGUGGCUACACGCCAAGUACAAUAAGCCCUACGCGGACCCAGUGCAUGAUCCCACCUGGCGCUGGUGGCAACACAAAAUAGUGUACAAGGAUUACUACUUUUACCUGUUCAGCAACCGGCUGACAGCGGAAGGCAUGUAUAUCAACAUGAAUGCCUACCAAAAGCUGUACAACCUCUCCAGCGAUUACUCGAUGGCCGACUUUGUCUUCCUAGACAAGGGCAACUGGUUUAGCAUCACUGCAGCCUUAUUGUCGCAUCAGGACACCUUCACAAGCGCUGAUAGCCCAGGAGCCGGUCUUGAAGUGGAUAGGAAGCUGGCAGUGUCUGUGAUACUGGCGGAUCCUGAGUGCCUUUCAUCGUCUGUGACUCAGGAGAUCCAUCUUAAUCGAAACCUAUUGCUCUUCAAGAUUAAAAUCACAGACAAAAGGAAAUGCUCUGAACAGGGAAUAACUGGACGUAACCUGAAAAAGACUUCUAUGUUGAUCAAGGUACUGGGCGCUUCGGGGAAAUGCUUCCAAGCCACAACCCUUGACACGAUCAUUCGAGGUUUCCUGAUGACGAAAAUAUUCAUCGGCUGUCCACCUGGCAAGCGUCUGGCCUUCGAUGUCUCCUACACAGUUAUGCAUUCCCAGAAGAUAAACAAGCACUAUCUUGACUGUGUGGUCAAGGACCCCGAGAUGCCGUGCUUCCUCUUUCGUGACUUAUUCCAGCCCUUCUUCUUAGUCCAGGACUUAGUGACGGGAGACUCUGGCAGCUUCUUGGGCAGUUAUGUGCUGAAGGUGGUGGGCGGUGGUCGCACAGAAGAAACCAUCAAAGACUACACAGAAGAGGAAAUCUUCCGUUACAACAGCCCGCUGGACACAACGAAAAGUCUCAUCUGGAAAACCAAAGCUGAAAGGACCACCAGUGACAACAAGUUCUACAUAAUGUCCCAUAAGAGCCCCGGAAUAGAGUGGCUGUGUUCGGAGAACUCCCCUUGCUACGACAUCAUCCCCACAGACAUCUUUCCACCUGAAUUCUUCUUCAAGUUGUUAGUGAGCAAUAGAGGUGUAGACGACAGCACAUACUGUGACUACCAGCUCACCUUCAUAGUGCACAUCCACGGGCUGCCGCUCAGCAGCAAACGGUCCUCCUUCACUUUUGUCGUGUCCUCCACCAUCUUUCUAGGCUUGGUGGUCCUCUACAUCCUGUUCUGCCUCCUGUGGCCUCACAUAUCGAGGGCCUGGGCCUCACUACGCUGGAGGAUUAACAACAUCAUGGCGUCCGAGUCCUACUUCACAUACGCCACCUCCACUGCGGGCUUCAGCCUCCAGUCCCACAGCUCAGAAGAAAGUUUCAAGGGUCCCCCCAGAGUAGAUUCCAAAGAAGGCAAUGUUCAAGCUAAGAAAGCAUAGGUGGAGGGGUUGGGGAUUUAGCUCAGCGGUAGAGCGCUUGCCUAGCAAGCGUGAGGCCCUGGGUUCAGUCCCCAGCUCCGGGGGGAAAAAAAAAAGAAAAAAAAAAAGAAAAAAGAAAAAAAAAAGAGAAAAAAAAAAAAAGAAAAAAAGAAAGAAAAAAAAAGAAAAAAAAGAAAAAAAAAAAAAAAAAGAAAGCAUAGGUGGCCUGAAUCGCUGGUCUUGUCUUCCUUAUAAACUGUUAGGCCUCUCCUCCUGGGGACGAAUGCAGCCUUACACCUACCCAGGAUCUUCUGGUUUGCUAGAAUGUUCAUGUCUCUCUCAGACCCUAAUAAAGCCUCAUUUCAGUACCA